AUGCACCUCUUCAAUCCCUUCUUUGUUGGAUUAAUAAUCCUGCGUCUAGCUUUAUACUCUGAAGGAUACUCAUCCUCCUCAUCUGAUUCAACUUCUUCAUCAUCUUCUGAUUCUUCGAGCUCUCCAUCUCUGACUCAUACAAACGCAGUGCCAAGCGCUCAGCUGCAUUUGACUUCUAAAACAGCCUUAGUAUCCCUUCCACCGCUAAAUGAUGCUCCUCAGAAGCUUUCUCGACCUGAUCUAAGUGCAAAAAUACUAUCAAAGUCAGAAAUUUCCGAAUUGAAAAAAAUGCGAAAAAGAGUUAAGAAUGCAAAUUAUGCGAGGGAAAAACGUUUAGCAAAUCCUAACCAUGCUGCAGAAGCAGCUCGAAAAUAUCGUGAAAAACGGAAACAAGAUCCUAAAAGACAGGAAGAAUAUCGUGCUUAUCGUCGUGAAUACGAACGAAGGGCCAGACUGAAGAAAGCCCAUCAGCUCAUUCAGCCCACUGUGUCUUCUGCGGGGAAACGCAAAGCUGAAGAUGUUAAAGGAGAUCCUGAUUACAGAGCUAAGCGAGUACGCUCUAAUUCAACCAUUGCGCAUCCAGACAAUUCUGCAGGCAAUCAAACAGAAUUACAAAAAGUACCAGCAACCACAAACCAGCAUAGAGAUCGGCCAAAAAGUAGAAAUAUUCUUCGAUUCAAACUUUCACCUGAGGCUCUGAAGAAAUAUCAUGCGGAUAAACAGCAAGGCACUUCAAAGGAUAAGUAG